AUGGGAAACUCUUUAGAAAAUGAGCAUGUCACAAAAAGAAGAAGAAGGAGACGAGCAGCACCCUCCACCAUGUUAUUAUGGGGAAUCUUGUUCUUUGCUCAGUUUGGUUUGUCUUCAUCAUCAGUUCUUUUUCCUGGUCAGCAUCAUCACCAAUCCUACCGUUCAUCGAGAAAGGCUGGUCUAUUCCAUGAAAGGUCGUCGCUUCAACACCCUAGCAACUCAGUGUCUUUCACAGGUCCACCUCGUGAAGAAGAAAACAGAGAUGAUGUUUAUAAAGACGACAAGAGAUUAGUUCACACAGGUCCAAAUCCUCUCCACAACUGA